GGUAAUUCCUCUGCCGCAAAUUUUCGGACUCGUCCACAAGAGCUCACCAUCAUCACCACUUCCUCCUCACUCCUCCCAAGCAGCUCCCCGCGCGCGCGCUCGGAGCUCUUCCACAAAGGCACCGACGCGGACUGAAGCAUAGCCAGUCCUUUGCCUGCCGAGUAGCCAAGCGGUCGCCGUGCGUCCCGACCAUUGUCGCCGUCGCCGAGGUCCUUGCUGGCCAAGCGCACCUUCCGCCACGAUCCCGCGGGCGCCUCCCUCUCCUCCCUCCUCCCACACAUCAUCGCCAUCAUGGAUUCUCCAUUGUCGCUCGCAGAUUCCCCCCUCGGCUUCAUCGCCACCAACCCGCUGUCUGCGGCCGUCUCAGAUGCCAUGAAGGGCUUCUCUGAGCGGCGAGCCGCCCUCGGCCUGUCGAACCCUGGCACAAUCGAGAGCUUGUCCAAGGAGGUCACACGCGAGGUGUCGCUCACAAACUACAUGCACACUGGCCUGAGGGCGGACCUCACGAAAGCCGUCAGCCUGUCGCCACUCUUCCAGGUGUCGCAUCAAUUCGCGUUGGGAGAGCACAUGAAGCCAUACGCCUUCGCCGCCAUGUAUGGCACAAACAAUGUCUUCUGCCAAGGCAACGUUGACAAUGAUGGCAUGCUAUCGACCCGGUUCAACUACCGGUGGAGCCCCAACUUGGUCACAAAGUCUUCGUUCCAAAUAGGCACUCAGCAGGACAUGGCUUCGAUUGAGCACGAGUACACGGGUAGCGACUUCACUUCAUCCCUGAAGAUGCUGAACCCCUCCUACCUCGAGGGUGGCCUGACCGGCAUCUUCAUUCUCAGCCACCUGCAGUCUAUCACGAGGCGCCUGUCGCUCGGCAUCGAGACCGUAUGGCAGCGCGCGGCUCUGAACCAGCCUCCGGAGUCUGCCAUGUCCUACGCUGCCCGGUACAAGGCUGAUGACUGGAUCGCAACAGCCCAGCUCCACGCCCAAGGUGCGCUCAACGCGACGUACUGGAGGCGGCUGUCUGAGAAGGUCCAGGCCGGCGUCGACAUGACUCUUCAGGUUGCACCUAGCCAGACCAUGAUGGGUGGUCUCCAAAAGGAAGGCGUCACCGCCGUUGGUGUCAAGUACGACUUCCGCAUGUCGACAUUCCGUGCCCAGGUCGACUCCAAGGGCAAGCUGGGGUGCCUGUUGGAGAAGCGUGUUGCUCCCCCCGUGAUGAUGUCCUUCUGCGCCGACGUCGAUCAUCUGACGCAAUCUGCCAAGGUCGGUCUCGGCAUCACCAUCGAAGCAGGUGGAGAGGAGAUGCAAGAGCAACAAGAGGUCAUGGGUCCUCAGUCAUCGCCAAACAUCCCGUUCUAAAUGGAUUGGUGAUCUCGCGACGUGACUCGAUCGCGAUCCCCGUCGGGCCACUCGUGGGUCGGCGGCCUUGUACAACAGCUGCCAAACCGCUGCAUAAUCCCCUGUGCCCCUUCAGCAGGCCCAAUAAAGGCGCAUCUUGCCUUUCUUACGUUUGUUUUACUACCAAACCAUCUACCGGCCAGUCAGCAAAAUCAUCCCCUCGAAUCGGUCAAUCGACCAAAAGAGCGACCGCUCGAAGCGGGAGCUGACAUCGAUAUAC